ACAGCCAGUUUCCUCCAGAGGAGUCUCCCUCCCGCGAGAACUUCUGGAACACGGACCAGCCUGAUUUUAGAGGAGGCCGAGGUUGCAGCUACCAGUGGGCAGAGCAGGGAGUGGCGCUCUUCCUCGUAGGGAUCUUGCGAAAGGUAACAGAUCUGCUUAAAGGGCAAAGGCACAGAAUCUGGGGCAGUGCAACGGCUCAACUAACGGUCUCCAUUAUUAUUAUCAUAGCUGUGAACUCCUUACUUAGAACCGGGGUGAGAAAGAAACCGCGGAGAACCGGAAAGGUCUGCCAAAGGGACCGGACGCGAGAACCUCCAAUUGAGGAGGGGGGUGGCGGGGGUGAUUCCCACACCAGCAGCCAAUCCAGCUGUCCCGGGGAGGAAGAGGAGGAGCCAGGGCCUCCCCCGGGACUCCGCACUGCUCCGCGCGGUGCCACCACUACAACUCGCUCGGCUCCCGGACUCAGCGCGUCCGCCACCGCAGCCGCUUCCCCGCGCAGAUAUGGCCUCAGGUGCCACCCCCGCGGCGGUGAAGAUUGGAAUAAUUGGUGGAACAGGCCUGGAUGAUCCUGAGAUCUUGGAAGGACGAACAGAAAAAUACGUGGAUACUCCAUUUGGCAAGCCUUCUGAUGCCUUAAUUUUGGGGAAGAUAAAGAAUGUUGACUGCGUCCUCCUUGCAAGGCAUGGGAGACAGCACAGCAUCAUGCCUUCCAAAGUCAACUACCAGGCAAACAUCUGGGCUCUGAAGGAGGAGGGCUGUACACAUGUCAUAGUGACCACAGCUUGCGGUUCUUUGAGGGAAGAGAUUCAACCUGGUGAUAUCGUCAUUAUCGAUCAGUUCAUCGACAGGACCACCAUAAGGCCUCAGACCUUCUAUGAUGGAAGUCAUUCCUGUUCCAGAGGAGUAUGCCAUAUUCCCAUGGCUGAGCCGUUCUGCCCCAAAACGAGAGAGGUCCUCAUAGAGACUGCUAAAAAGUUAGGGCUCCGGUGCCACUCAAAAGGGACAAUGGUCACAAUUGAGGGACCUCGCUUUAGCUCCCGGGCAGAAAGCUUCAUGUUCCGCACCUGGGGGGCGGAUGUUAUCAACAUGACCACGGUUCCCGAGGUGGUUCUUGCUAAGGAGGCUGGAAUUUGCUAUGCAAGUAUCGCCAUGGCGACAGAUUAUGAUUGCUGGAAGGAGCAUGAGGAAGCGGUUUCAGUGGACCGGGUCUUAAAGACCCUGAAAGAAAAUGCCAAUAAAGCCAAAAGUUUACUCCUCACUACCAUACCUCAGAUAGGGUCCAUGGAAUGGUCAGAAACCCUCCAGAACCUGAAGAAUACAGCCCAGUUUUCUGUUUUAUUACCAAGACAUUAAAAGAGCGUGGCUGCCUAGAAGACCAGAAGACUUUCUAAUUCCAGUCAUUUGGGAAAUUUCUGCCUAGUUAAUGGAAAAAACAUGGAAAGACAUGCAGCUCUCAUGCCCCUGCCUGCUAAGGAAGAACAUGACAAGACAUGCACAUAUCAGAAAUGCCUUCUAGAAGGCUUGGACUGCUUCAGAAAACAGAAGAAAAGCAAAUCACCAGUUAAACACGUGGAAAAAUUCUUAAAAAGACAAGACCCCAUUUGCCCUUCCCCCAGUAAGUUUGUAAUAAUACAGGGUAGGAGAUAACAUCCAGCUUCCUAUGUUACCAAGGAAAUAUGAAGAAGAACUGGAAUUCUUAGACUAUUUAUUGGUGUAACUGUAAAUUCAUACAGUCUUCCUGGAGGGCAGUUUGGUAAAAUUCCUACAGUUUUAAAAAGUUUUGAAAAUACUUACACCCUUUGUGCUGGCUACUCUAGUCCUAGGACUUUAUCUUUAUAAAAUUAUCAGAGAUACAAAGAAUUAUGUAUAAAGAAGGAUGUCUAAUAUAGUUUUAGUUAUAAUAACAAAUAUACAAAACAAUCUGAAUAUCCAACAGUUGGAGGUAAAUUAUGACCUAGCUCUAAUUAGAUUGUGAAGCAGCCAAGUAAAGAUCAUGUUUUCACAUAUUUAAUGUCCUAAAGAAAUGACUGCUCUGUAAUAUGAAAUGACAAAAGGAUAUGCGUAAGCAUUUUACAUUGCUAAUUUUGUCUUUAAAUUCUGCAUUGAUGUAUAAAAAGACUAGAAAUGAAUAUAUUAUAAUCUUUUGUUACCAUAUUUGGGGGAGGGAAACAAUUUUAAUUUUCUUUAUAUUUUUCUGUGUCUUCACAUUUUUCUACAGUGAAUAUAAUCAAAUGGUAAAGCUGUCUUAAAAAUAAAAAAGACCCAGUUCUUGAAAAAAUUACAGGUGUCAUGAUACAGAAUUUAAGAUGGUAAUUCUAAGAAGAGUUCUGUUUGAGUUCGAUCUUCAUGAGUGACUAUACAGUCAGAACGAUAUUUGGGCUUGCCACAACUUGACAAAAACUGGGUGUUUAAUACUCAGAUAGUCUUAAACCAUGUAAGAGACUAUAUACACACAUUAUAGUGUGUCAGGUAUUUUUAAAAUUAAUAUUUGAUCUUUGUUUCUACUUUUUUGAGUUGAUGAAUUAUUUUACGUGAGUUAGUGGUUUAGAUUUUUUCAUAAAAUAGAAGCUUGCUUCUUACACUGCUUUUUGUUAAUUUUAUAGGAAUGUGUUUUGUUCUGUCACAGGGAGAUCUUUUUUUUUUCCUCAGAAUUAUUACUUUUCACUGUGGGCUGUUACUGGAUGCUUUAGUGAUGUAUCCUGUUUAAAGAGUCUGUAAAGUCCAUGUGUUUGUGUCUAGGAGAUUGGCUUCAAGAUAAUCUGCUAAUUAUAAACAAUAAAAUAAACCAGUUACCCCCAGCAUUAAAACAUG